GUUUCAGACGUAGAAACGAAACAAUUAAAACGUUAUUUUUGGGGUAAAAAUAUAUUGUAAAUUUAAAAUGGCGAAUAAACUAAAUAGAUUAUUUGUAUUAUUUGUAAUUCUACAAUUAUUGGGAAUAUCGGAAAGAGUUGAAGGUGGCAGAUAUCAGCCGCCGCAAAAGGGAAGGGGAAGAGGAAAAGCAUUUGGCGCCGGUAUUUUAGCUGGUGGUUUAGCAGGAGCUGCUAUGGGUCAUAUAUUAACCCGUCCAAACGCUCCACAGGAAGUCCAUCAUCAUGUAAUGGAUCCUAAUGCUGCCGCUCCCAUUGCAGCACCCAUUCCUAAUCCAGUGCCACAACCAAGACCUUCUACCAUUAUUGAAAGAGGUGAAACUUUAUCGAAUGGUUGUUAUAAAGAAAUUAUUAAAGAACCUGAUGCAAUUGAUCCAACGAGAUUUAUCGAAACAGCACAAUUGAUAUGUCCACAAUUUUUGCCACAGCCAGCACCACCAUUACAUGUACCUCAAAUACCAGUACAACAGCCACAACCGAUAAUACCAGUUGUACAUGCACCAGUUCCUAUAUUCCCUCAAACACCAACAGAUGUUAAUUCACAACAUAUUCCAGCUCCUGCAUAUGUACCAGCAGCACCUUUAAUACCACAACCAGUUCCCGCGCAGCCUGUUGCACCCACUGAAGUUAAUCCUGCACCACAAACAAUCGGUACCCCAGCUGACUUUUCACCAAACACAGAACCAGCUCAUAACGCAGUUUUAGCUCCGCUUAAUCCUAUUCCUCCAGCACCUGAACAGUCGACAAAUUUAGUGCCUAAUUUACCCACAAUACCAGUGGUAAACCAUCAUAUACCACAACCAGCAAUAGUACGUCCUCCUGUACAACCGGCAGCCCCUGCAGCUGCCCCAGCCCCUGAAAAUUCUGGGAAUUUAGUACCUGCUUUGCCCGUGAUGCCUGUUGUUAAUCAUCAGCUACCACAACCAGCUAUAGUCCAUCAUCCUGUACAACCAGCCGCUCCAGUUGCUCAAGCUCCAAUUCCAGCUGCGGCAGAACCCUCACAAGUUAUUGUGUUGUCAAAGAAAACUGGUUUUUAUGAGGAGGAUACAAAGAAGAAGAAUUCGGGAAAUAUUUUGUUGUCAAAUAAUUUCGGUUUACUUAUAUUGCUGUUAGCACUUAUGCAUUUGUUUUAAUUUAGUUUCAAAAUGGGUGUUGGGACCUGACUUUAAUAACCUUAAAAUAACAAAUAAUAUUUUUUUAUAAAGUUCGAAUAAAAAUACGUUCAAUUAAAAAUAAAUUGAAGAAGUUAAUAAAUCAUCUUGUUCAAUAA